AUGAGCAAACAUGGCAGCGGGCUGCGGGACGGCCGGGCGGAGGGGCAGGUGGCCGCGCGGGACAUCGUUCCCCCAGAAAGGUUCCCGCUCUGUAUUGUGUGGACGCCGAUCCCGGUGGUGACGUGGAUCAUGCCGUUCGUGGGGCACAUGGGCGUCGGGGACAGCCGCGGGCUGCUGCACGACUUCCUGGGGCACGGCACGAUCAACACGGGGCGGCUGGGGUUCGGGAGCCCCGCGCGCUACCUCCGCGUGGGCGACGGCAAGACGCUCAGCCUCCCAGACGAUGCGGGCAAGACGUGGGACGACGCGGUGCGGUUGUCGGUGGAGGACUUCAAGACGGAGGACUACAGCUUCUUCACCAACAACUGCCACACGUUUGUGGGGGCGGUGCUGUCGCGGGCGCGGUGCGGGGGGCGGACGAAGUGGGACAUGGCGCGGCUGGCGGUGCUCGUGGCGCUGUUCGGGCGGCACGUGGGCGUGUGGGGCGUCGCGAAGACGUGGGUCCCGUGGGGGUGUGUCAUGGGGGUGGGGGUGUACUUCGGGGGACUGUGGUGCGCCGUGGCCUGGCUCGGACUCUGCCUGGUCCUCGCGGCGUACGCGGUGUCGUACGAGAGCUUCUGUACGACGCGGUGGCUGUGA